AUGCCUGGAAACAAGACUCUCGUUUUCAAGAAGAUCCCCGUCGGCUACCCUGUCGCGGGCGAGCACUUGGCAGUCGAGGACCGCGACUUCGACAAGGAUGCACCCGCUCCCCAGGGCGGCAUCACGACCGAGGUGCUCUCGGCCUCGUUCGACCCCUACCUCCGCGGCAAGAUGCGCAAGGCGGGAACGGAGAGCUACUCUGCCGCCUUCGACAUCGACAGCCCCAUCGUCAACGCCACGGUUUCCCGCGUGCUGAAGUCCGAGAGCUCCGACUUCAAGGCCGACGACCUCGUCCUCGUGUAUGGACCGUUGGCUGAGUACCAGGUUUUCCCCGACCCCAAGGCGUCCGGUGUGAGAAAGAUUCACAACCCCCACAACCUGGACGCAGAUCUGUUCCUCGGUCCUCUGGGUAUGCCCGGUCUCACUGCCUGGGCCGGUCUGUACAAAAUCGGAAAGCCCAAGAAGGGUGAGACCAUCUUCAUCAGCUCGGCCGCGGGUGCUGUCGGCCAGGUCGUGGGUCAGAUUGCAAAACACGAGGGUCUCAAGGUCAUUGGCUCCGUCGGAACAGACGAGAAGCUUGACUUCAUCCUGAAGGACCUGGGCUUCGACGGUGGCUUCAACUACAAGACGGAGAAGCCCGCCGAUGCAUUGAAGCGUCUCGCUCCCAACGGUAUCGAUAUCUACUUCGAGAACGUCGGCGGUGAGCACUUGGAGGCUGCCCUCGAGGUAAUGAACAAGGACGGCCGUAUUCCGGUGUGCGGAAUGAUUAGUGACUACAACACCCCUCCUGCCGAAAGAUACGGCAUCAAGAACAUGUUCCAGUUGAUUGCCAAGACGCUCGAGGUCGUUGGUUUCCUCGUCGGAAAGGAAGGUUAUGGUCCCGCCUACUACCAGGAGCACCAGGAGCAGAUGCAGAAGUGGAUCGCUCAGGGUGACUUCAAGCCCAAGUUGCACAUUACCCAGGGUAUCGACAAGGCCGCUGAGGGUCUUGUUGGUAUUUUCAAGGGUGAGAACUUUGGCAAGGCAGUACUCAAGGUGAAGGAUAUUUAA